AUGUCCAAAAGAAUAACUAAAACAUCAGCUAUCCAUGAUAAACAUUCAAUUAUAACAAGGGAUACUGAACUGGGAUUUGAAUAUGAUUCAGAUUCAGAGUCUGACGUAGAAAACGUAUUUCCUAACAUAAGAGUACAGAGGAUUAGGGACAAAUUAUACCAAGACGAAGACGAAGACGAAGACGAGCAAGUUGACGAUGAAGAUGAAGAAGAUGAAGAAGAUAAAGAGGAUGAAGAAGAUGAUGCAGAUAACUUUGAAAAUGAAAAUGAAGAAGAAGUGGACGAUUAUAUCGAUGGUGACGGUAUGAGAAAUUUUGAUAUGGGAGAAUCUAUUGAAGUGGGUGACGUUGAUUCAACCAGCGAAAGAAAAAAUGGAAAAAUAAAAAAAUUAACAUCUAGGCAGUUGCAGAAAGAGCAAAAGAGAAUAAAGAGAACAGGCGUCUGUUACUUGUCUCGAAUUCCACCCUACAUGAAACCUGCAACAUUGAGGUCAAUACUAUCUAGAUUUGGUAAGAUUGAUCGUUUGUUCUUGAAGCCUGAAGACUCAGCAAUAUAUCACAAGAGGGUAAAGUAUGGUGGUAAUAAAAAGAAGAAUUUUACUGAAGGUUGGGUAGAAUUUGUAAAUAAAAAAGACGCCAAGAUGUGUGCUAGUACCCUUAAUGCUAAUAAGUUAGGCGGAAGAAAGACGUCUUAUUAUUACGAUGAUGUCAUCAACAUGAAAUAUUUGUCGGGGUUCAAGUGGUUUGAUUUAACGCAACAGAUUGCUAAGGAGAACGAAGUAAGGCAGGCAAAAUUGUCUCUAGAGUUAUCACAACAACAAAAGUUGAACAAGACUUUUGUGAACAACGUUGAGAAGUCGAAACUAGUUUCUACCAUACAGAGGAAAAGAAAGGAAAGAGACCCUGAACAUGAGUCGGAUUCACAUAUACGCAGAAGUUUCAAACAAAGAAAAGUCACUAGCACAAGGGCCGAUGCCGAUGAAGAACUCAAAGCAAGAGCCCAGCCUGAUCGCAAGUUAAGUGAUGUUUUGUCAAAGGUGUUUUGA